GCUGAGUGCCAGCAGAACUCUUCUUCCUCUCGUUGGACGCUUCCUCUCCUCUUCCCUUCCUGCCUCUGAGAGGCAGUUUUUGUUUUUAUUUUUUCUCCUUUCCAUGGUACAGCGAGAGAGCUCUUCUUCCAGAGUUGCUUUGGGAUGGAUGGUAGUGGAGAAGAUCAGCAUCAACGGCAGCAAGAUUUGGAGAAGCAGGGCCCCUGGGUUCUGCCUACGCCUUUCUCUGAGAAAAAGACCCUCAUCUCAGACAAUGGCCAGGGGAUUCCUGCCCGCAAUUCAAUCUCUCCUGAACUAGGCAGUGUCCCUCCCGCCGGUGGAGGAAGUUCGAGCUCCGGUUCAAGAGGUUUCGGCAUUCCAGAACUCUAUAGCUCAACGUCUGCUACUUCAUGUUCCACAGCUUCUGUUCACAGUUACAAUGCCAGUGCGCACACAAUACCCGUGAUCAAUCCAACGGCAGGUUUUUCACAAAUACCCUUCGGAGCGUUUGCUCAGAUAGGUCCUGACAAUAAGCUAUCCUUCUCGCCGAAUCACUUUCUGGUAAAUGGGAAAGUCUUGAUGAUUUCAAGUUUCUCUGACAAGGAUGCUAAAUAUCCUCAGAAUGGUCUUUCUGCUCCAUUUCUUCCAAAUCUUAAUUUCCUGCCAGCGGAAGCAGCAUGCAUGAGCAUACCAAUGGCACCAGCCAAGGGUAAAGAAAUACAAGGUUCUGCACAUGGUGAACUGGAUGGUUUCGUUGAGUUAAACAGUAAGGAGAGCAACCUGGAGACCGAAGCACUGCAAUCCUCAGUAGAGGAGAAUAACAACAAUGUUUCCUUAAAAUUUUUAGCACCUGUAACCCCAGAUAAGAGAGUGCAAGAUUGUAUUCCUCCACAGGUGAUUAAUUUGGUUGGUCAAGAGUCAAUUAUUGGGGAAAAUAAUCAGGAGCUACGUGAUCAACGCUCAAACUGCAAUUCCUCAAUGCCAACAACUGGAACCAAGCAAGGCUCUUGUACACAACAGGGAGUCGAACGGCAUACACAAACAUGGUCGGCUCCUUCUCAACAAUUGGAAUCUGGAAAGGAUGAGCAUAGGAAUGAUCAAGGAUUAAGCUCGAAAAGCACACGAAGGCAGAAGACAAGAAGGAAAAGAUACAUGCCAAAGGUUUUUCAAGAGGGAAAGCCAGCAAAAACCCCGCGGCCGGUAACUCCAAAGCCUGUUACCCCCAUGCAAGUCAGGAAACAUGAAAAUCAGACCAGUAAGAGGAGUUAUGUCCAGAAGAAGAAAAGCCUAAAUUCUUCAGACACACCCCCACAUACUAAAAGAGAAAAUGAUGACAUAUCAAGUGCAGAAGGAACAAGUGCUGAUCCGCGUGUUGUAAAUGGAAUCAAACCAGUCAAGCGGAGGUUGAAUUUUGAAUCUGAAGGUGGAGCAGCAAAUGUAAACCUAGAAUCAACAAUGUCCAAUGCACAACCUCGGCGUAGAGGGAGACCUAGAUGCACUCCUACUAGCUCCAGAAGUAGAUCAAUGCCAAAGCUCAGCCAAGGAAUGGAAGUGGUGGUGGAAAAUUCACCAGGUUGUAUGGUAUUUGAUCUCCAUCAUUCACUAAACCAAAUGCUGCAAGGCUACACAAUAUUGCCAAAAAUUCCAAACUCGCCACCUCAGUCUUCUAAAAGGGGACCAUCCAAAGAAACUUUGAAGCAUUUUACUGGUAAUGCAAAUAUUGUGAGUAACCCCAUUUGUGGUCUACAACCAAAACUGAAACUGGCCAAGAAGCAGGUAAAUCGAAAUGGACAGGCAGAUUCAAUUUUAAUAGAGGACAAUGACAAGGCAGGAACAAAACGUGACUACAGUCAUCUUGAUAGUUCUCAAACCGGUUGGACACUUUCAAGAGAUGCCCACUUCAUGCAGGCCAGUAAGGAGAUAAAUCAGGCUAGCAGAUGUGAUGAAACAAGCAGCCACAGUUCAUACUCCCAAAAGAUGCAUAAAAGGAUGAGGACAGAGAAGCUGGAUUUUGAAUAUCCUCAAUUUAUGCAACAUUGUUCCAAAGAGUUUGCAUCUGCAGAUGCACAAAAGUCACUGAUAUCAGAUAAAACACAAUCUCCAGAGUGCACAUUGACAUUUGGCCCUACCAAAAGACCGACAAAGAAGAGAUCAAAGAUACCAGUCCGAGCCCGUAAAUUAACUUCUACUGCUACCAUCAUAGACUGCAAUCAACUAUUGCCAACUCCUGAAAAGCCACCUGAAGCAUGCAUUGAAGCCUUGUUUGCAGACAGCUGUAUGAGGAUGAAAAGAAAAAAGCGCACAAGAAAGGCACAAGCUCAUCUUGUCAAGAUCAUGUCCUUAAAUGCGGAUCAUGAAAGUAAGGUUGAGCCAUGCAUUUACAGUUCUCUGGAGCAAAAAUCUGUUGGAUCAACUGCAUCAAGAGAAGAUUUUCAAGAAAAGAAUUUGCAUCAUCUUCAAAUCAUUCCCGUACAACAAUACCCGAUUAGCAACCAUGUUCAAGAACCGCCCUACACGUGCCCAAUGUCUCAAGCAAUUGUUCCAUACAUAAUUAAUAUGAAUGAUGUUAUUUGGAAGGUACAGGAACUGGACAUAGAUGCGGGGCAGGUGCACAGUGCAGCUGAACCACAAAAUGCUCUUGUUCCUUAUGGUGGCAGUAUGAUUGUUCCAUUUGAGAGGCCCUUUGAUACCAGCAAGAAACAGCGUGCACGGGCUAAGGUUGAAUUGGAUGAUGAGACACAUAGGGUAUGGAAGCUUUUGAUGGGGAAGGAAUGCAGUGAUGAAGUUGAAGGAUCAGAUGAGGAUAAAGAGAAACGGUGGGAAGAAGAAAGGCGAGUUUUUCAUGGCCGUGUGGAUUUGUUCAUUGCACGCAUGCGUCUUGUCCAAGGGGAAAGAUGCUUCUCUCCAUGGAAAGGAUCGGUAGUUGAUUCUGUGGUAGGCGUAUUUCUUACUCAGAAUGUUUCAGACCAUCUUUCGAGCUCUGCCUUCAUAGCCCUUGCUGCAAGAUUUCCUCUUCGGACAAGGAGUAACAAUGCAGAUCCCAAUGCAGAAAAUAUGAACAGAACAGAAAAGCAAGAUGGAAGCAAUCUUGCUUCUGAUGCUGCCAAUUGUCAAGAAAAAGGGUUCUGUCCGGAUGUGUGCGACCAGGGUCCUGUGGAGAUCCGUGAUGCUGAAAAUAAUGUGAAAGAAAGUGAAAUGGGUAGCACUAAUGAAUCAAUAAGAUGCAAUACUAGAGGUAACAAGGUAGAUGAUUCAAAAGUUAUAGGUUUGGACAUCCACGUAAGAGAGCCAGAGAUAGGUUUUGGAACACCACACUACAGAAUAGACACCUUGGUUGCAGUAACAGGAAGCACAGAAUCAGAAGAUAGACAGUCCCUCGAGGACGUAGUUUCAUCUCAAAACUCUGUUACUUCACCUGGAAUCUCUUUAGACUACCUAAUUCAGACAACUGAUCUAGUAGGAUCAACUUCGGGGUUAUACUCUGGAGCCAAUUUAUUCAAUGGAAGUACAUCGAAUGGUCUGGGGAAUACUGCAUUACUUGAGGAGAAUGUGUGCAUGGCAGAUACUACCCAAAAACAGGAAAUGGACAAGCAUGGCAAUGACAGAGUUCUGUCAGAAGAAAAUUGUAGUGAAUAUAAUAAGGAGGCACAUGAAGGGGGUGAAAAUAUUGCAAAGACUACUUAUGGGUUAAAUAAUCUCAAAAGUGCUUGCAGAUCAAUUAGUUAUGCACCUGACUGCCAUCUCAAAUGUUCAGAACAUAAUACAAGUGGUGUGCCUUCUGUUCCUUCUGCAACUUCUCCUUCUGACAACUUGAAUUUCAGGUCAGUGGGCAUGGAGAAUAUCAAUGUUGUAAGAGAAGAAAACAUUUCAAACUUGCUAUUUACUGCCUCUGAGACCAUCAAGACUAAUAACAUCAAACACUGUAACCUUUCAUCAGAAAAUACAACUAAUUCUGCAGGCGAGCAAUCAGCAUUGCUCUCUAAAAUAACAGAAGCAGUUGAUUCAUGUGCAUGCAUAAGCAGAUAUUCCUUGCAAUCACCAACUUGCUCAAGGGAAAAUCAAGAUAGAGUUAACGUUCAGCAGGAAGAUUUCCCAAAUGAAAAUGCUCAACAUGUAUUUGAUGAUCAAGCUCAAAUACCAUACAUCCAGGAGCAUCAAACAUGUUUGAACUCAUGUAAUAAUGAAAGGGAAACUUUAGGGGCUGCCAAGACAGUUGAAUCUAAUUCAAAAGAUGAAGUUUGCAGUUCCCAAAAUGUUCCAACAGAAACAGCCAAAAGCACAUUAAGAGCAAAGAAGGCAAAAGUUGAGACUGAAAGGCCAGAGACUUUUGACUGGGAUAGCUUGCGAAGACAGGCAUAUUGCAAUGGUUAUCAGAGAGAGAGAAGCAGUGAGAGAAUGGACUCACUGGACUGGGAAGCAGUUAGGUGUGCAGAUGUAAAUGAAAUUUCUGAAGCCAUUCGUGAGCGAGGAAUGAACAAUGUUCUGGCUGGGCGAAUUAAGGAUUUCCUUAACCGUUUGGUUAAAGAUCAUGGAAGCAUCGACCUUGAAUGGCUAAGGGAUAUUCCACCAGACAAAGCAAAGGAUUACCUCCUAAGCAUACGAGGAUUAGGACUGAAAAGCGUUGAAUGUAUUCGCCUUUUGGCACUUCAUCAUCUAGCUUUCCCAGUUGACACAAAUGUUGGUCGCAUAUGUGUAAGGUUGGGAUGGGUACCACUUCAACCCCUUCCUGAGUCCCUUCAGUUGCAUCUUCUAGAACUGUAUCCUAUGAUGGCAACAAUUCAGAAGUUCCUUUGGCCCCGGCUGUGUAAACUUGAUCAAGAAACACUGUAUGAGCUACACUAUCAAAUGAUUACUUUUGGAAAGGUAUUCUGUACAAAAAGCAAGCCAAAUUGUAAUGCAUGCCCAAUGAGAGGAGAAUGCAAACACUUUGCAAGUGCCUUUGCAAGUGCAAGACUUGCACUCCCAGGACCAGAGGAAAAAAACAUAGUGAGCUCAACAACUCCCCUUGCCUUCAGAAAUGACAAUAUUCACAUUUCUAAUCCAGCACUCCUACUUCAACCUGAGGCAAGCAAUUUCUCACAAGGGGUUACUGCUAAUAAUUGUGAGCCUAUCAUCGAGGAGCCAGCAAGUCCAGAACCAGCACAUAUGGAAAAUCUUGAAACAGACAUUGAUGAUGUAUUUUAUGAAGAUCCUGAUGUAAUUCCUACAAUCAAGCUCAACUUUGAGGAGUUCAAAAGGAACUUGCAGAAUUAUAUACAAGAUUAUAGGAUAGAGGACCAAGAAGGUGACAUGAGUAAGGCUAUAGUGGCUAUCACUGAAAAGGCUGCUUCAAUCCCUAUGCCUAAGCUAAAGAAUGUGAGCCGCCUCCGAACAGAGCAUCAAGUAUAUGUUAUUCCAGAUUCACACCCUAUAUUGGAAGGGCUCGAACAAAGACAGCCUGACGAUCAAUAUCCCUACCUCCUCACUAUAUGGACUCCAGGUGAAACUGCAGUAUCAACUGAGCCACCAGAAACAUGUUGCAACUCUCAAGACACAGGUGAACUGUGUGACAAUAAGACAUGCUUUGCUUGCAGUUGUAGACAAGAAGAACAGGCUCAAACAAUCAGAGGCACAAUUUUGAUACCAUGUCGAACUGCAAUGAGAGGAAGAUUUCCGCUCAAUGGCACUUAUUUUCAGAAAAAUGAGGUAUUUGCAGAUCAUGAGACUAGUAUUUCCCCUAUUCAUGUUCCUAGGAAGUGGAUAUGGAACCUGCCAAGGCAGACUGUUUACUUUGGAACAUCUGUAACAUCAAUAUUUAGAGGUCUAACAACAGAAGAGAUACAGCAAUGCUUCAAGAGAGGAAAUAUUUGUGUGAGAGGGUUUGAACGAGAAACAAGGGCUCCAAGGCCACUUAGUGCAAGACUUCACUUCCCGGCAAGCAGAGCACCGAAGAACAAGAAGACACCGGUCAAGGAAGCAAAGAAGUAGGUUAAGCAAAAGAUGGCAGGUGAACAGCCCUUUCAAAGAAUGGAUCAUUGACCAGGAUAUUCUUAUAUGGCACCUCUAUAAGAGAAGCCAACCAGAUGGCUUCACAUGGCGCUCAUUCAGAAAACUAGUGUAAUCUUUAACAUGCUUAUUAUUUCAUUGCAUUCUAGAAAAGGAUCAUUCGUGUUGGAAACUGAAGGCAUGGUGUAAACUAGUGAGAGAGGGUGGUUAUUUCAGAAACUGAGAAGUUCCAAUCAAUUUGCUCUGUACAAUAUGUAGCAUCCGAGAGGAAUUGGCCCAUUCGGCGGUUUCCACCAGAACUUCUUGACAGAGGAAUGUAGUUUAAUUCCAAUUAUGUUUGAU